GAUAAAAUGUAUUUCCUUAAAGUGUUUUCACUUUUGACGAAAUUAAAAAUCACAAGAAAAUACUUGAACAAUCAAAAUCUCACUUGAACUAAACCAAAAACUUUUUUCAUAAAAGUGAUGAAAUUUAAAAGUGACGUCAAUUAGAUAAAUAAUUAACAUUUUGAUAGCAAAAGUAAUUGAAGAGUCAUGCAUAGACAACCGCUGAUGAGACAUUAUAACAGGCGAAUACCAUUGCAGAUGGCAAAUCGACCAACAAGUGCAAUGUCUCGCCAUGAAUGUGACAUGAUAAGCAAAGCGAAUCGCGCAGUUCAAUCGGGACAAAUUACGGAUCCCAUCGAUAAAUUACGUCAACUUUGUUUAGCACGCGGCGCAGGAGGAAUUUUAGGUUUGGGUCGUUGUUUUCGACGCAUGGAUGAUGAUGGUAACAAACAAUUGAAUUUGGAGGAAUUUACCAAAGGUCUUCAAGACUCGGGACUUCCUAUCGACGAUUCUGAAGCAGCAGAAAUGUUUUCGAGAUUCGAUAAAGAUGGAAGCGGCGGCAUUGACAUGACGGAGUUCUUAGUUGCAAUUAGACCAAGCAUGUCGCAAUCCCGCAAAAAUAUCGUCGAUCAAGCAUUUAAAAAGUUGGAUAAAACAGGCGAUGGAUACAUCACAUUAGAUGAUUUGAAAAACGUUUAUUCCGUUCGAAGUCAUCCGAAAUACCAAAGCGGCGAAAUGACGGAAGAGCAAAUUUUGAACAAGUUUUUGGGAAAUUUCGAAGAAGGCGGCGUUGUUGAUGGAAAAGUUACAGAAGAGGAAUUCAAUAAUUAUUAUUCAGCUAUUAGUGCCUCCAUCGAUCAUGAUGCUUACUUCGAUUUGAUGAUGCGACAAUCGUACAAGUUGUAAAUGAAGCUGUGAGAAUCCUCGAGAAGAGAGACGAUAUAUUGCACAAAAUUUUUUAUUCACGUUCCUUUCACACCGUUUUCUAAAGUAAAUAA